CAUCGGUGCCAUUGAGUUCACACAAUAUGAGGGAGCACAUCGGUAGCCAAAACCCAACUCCAGAUUUUUCAGUUUGGUGUGUUUGCCUCUUGUGCACCCGCAUAAUGUAACACUAAACGAUACAUAAUAACCUACAAGAGUAGAAGCCACAAGCUGGCUUUUAUUUUGACUGCAAGAAUGUGGUGCGGGGAGAUCUGACAAUACGCCGUUGUAACGUUCAAAUGGAAGAUUGGCUACUCCAGCUCUUUCAGUGGAUAUGUUGCCGUGGUGGUUUUUUGCAUAGACCCCUUUUUAAUCGUCACGGAUGUUUGGAUCUGGAUUCUUUACAUUUUUCGUGUCCUGAGCUGUGAAAAGAAGACCGGGAUAAAACAUUCGCUGCCUACCUCGACAUAUUGCUACCAGGGAUUUAAAUUAUCACGUGCUACAACAACAACGGAAAGAUUUUUAAAAUCAGAAUUGAUGUGGCUGUGUGACCUUUAAUGAUUUCAGUCUGGAGAGCAAAAUGAAUAGGGAAAGGCCGAAGAGAAAUAUCAUUCAAAAGAAAUUUGAUGAUAACGAUGGGAUUCCGUGGUCGGAAGAGAGAGUGGUCCGCAGGGUGCUCUACCUCUCCCUCAAAGAGUUUAAGAGAGUGCAGAAGAGCAAAGUGGAGAAUGGCACUGGAAUAGCUAAUGGCUCCUUUGUGAAUGGUCAUUUGAAUGGUUUGGGAGCUAAAGCUGGGCUGUUUGCUGGGAGCUGUAAGUCAGAGAGGAAGCAACAUGCAGCUCAGAGCAAAGACUGCAGCCAUGAGUACUCGAUAGAGGGGCCUGUCAGGAAGAGGCCAAGGCUGCAAGCUCAGAGGAAGUUUGCUCAGUCUCAUCCCUGUUCUCCCAAUGCCACCCCGCUGAAAGUGCUGGAGGCCAUGCCCCCGAGCCCUCCCGCCCUGCUCAACCAUCUCACUAAACGCAAACCCAAAACUGAAGACUUCCUCACCUUUCUCUGUCUUAGAGGCUCUGCUGCAUUGCCCAGCAACAUGACAUACUUUGGUAGUGCUAAAGAUGAUGAAGAUGUAGAUUAUGAAGAGGAUGAGGAAGACGAAGAAGACAUUGCUUGCAGUUCCCCUACUUCCUUACAGUCUACUCCACGCAAGAGCAAAGCACUCAACAAAUGCACUGCCAACGGUCAUGUGUUUAACGGGCACGUGCGAGCUGCUGAUGAACCGGAAAACGGUUUAAAGGCCAGAGGGAAAGAGGGAGUCCAGGGGAAGGAGAAAAACUCGGUAGUAUCAGCUAGAACUUCCGGUACACACAAUUUACGACCCAGCAGAUCUGUACAGGAACAAAAACAACAGCCCUCCAAAAUAAAUGGAACAUCGGGAGCCUCUGCUGUCAAUUGCAGGAAAACGAGAGAUCUCCGCACUCCCCUGACCAAAGCUGUGAAGUACCCCAAGGGCCACGUGACUUACACCAAAGCCAGACUGCUCAAAGAGGCCAAGCUCAGCCUGAGCACACACACACGCCAACACAGCUCGCACCACACGCACACACAUCCUCAACACUCCAACUCAGGUAAAGCUCAGACCAGCUAUGCCAAGAUGCAAAAACAUGUAAUAUCACCAGCAACUGCUGGGCGACUGUGUGGGACAGACACAUUCCCUCCCAGACGAAACGGACUGAGACAGUCGAAAAGACAAUUGGAGAUGGCUGAGGUUAGAGCAGAGGUUGAGGUCAAAAGGGUCAAAGUGCAAGUCGUUCCCUUGGAGACCCGCAGUAGGAAAGCAGCUCAGGAGACGCCAGCGCCCCGUAGCCAUGGUAAAAAGGUGAAGUCGCAAGUGUCGGGAUCACAAAGACCCAAACGUGCUUCUGCAGGGAAGCUUAUGUUCACCAAACAGAUGCACUGUAAAGCAACCGUUCAAUCCAAGAACAGCCCCACUACCUCAACACAAGACAUUUUAAAACCAGCCAACUCCCCCAAAUUAUCUGUUUCUCCCAAAACAAACAAUGCUCGAAAACUAGUCAGUCCUUCUGAUGUGACCAAGCCCCUCAAACCAGCUGAGCCUAAAGUUGCUGCGGACAAAGAGCGAGGCAAGCGCGGCACGGUCGCUGAGGUAACGGAGGUAACAGAGGUUCCGGGUUUCUAUCCUAGCACACAAGAGUUCCAUGACCCUCUGGCUUAUAUGGAGUUUGUGCGGGGGCAAGCAGAACCAUGUGGGUUGUACCGUGUUGUUCCGCCAGCGGGCUGGCGUCCCGAGUGUAAGCUUAAAGAGGAGAUGCGCUUCGUCUCGUAUGUGCAGCAUGUGCACAAGCUGGGCAGGCGCUGGGGCCCGAAUGUGCAGCAACUGGCCUGUAUCAGAAAACACCUGAGGACACAAGGCAUUAAUAUGGAGGAGCCUCCACUCAUAGGAGGGUGUGAGUUAGACUUGGCCCGAUUCUUCCAGCUUCUAAAUGAAAUGGGGGGCAUGCAGCAGGUAACGGACUUAAAAACAUGGGGCCGUCUUGCUGAUCUGUUGGGCAUCCCACGCUCUGCUCAAGAUCGCCUGGCCAAGCUCCAGGAGGCGUACUGUCAGUACCUGCUUUCAUAUGACUCCUUAUCACCAGCCCAGAGGGCUCAGUUGGAGAAGGAAGUGCUGGCGGAAAAGGAGACCCUGGAGAAAAGAAGUGGGCCCCUAGAGGGCCAGGGAGACAUAUCCCAGCAUGCCGCUCUGCUGCUUCCACGCUGCGAACCCAAAAAUGGGUUGGUGAAUGGAGCGUUACACAGGAGCGGAGCACGUGAGCACCUGCGAGAGCUGGACCCCACAGAGAAGAGCAGUCGGCAGAGACGACUAGAGAAGAGGGGAGUGGAAGAGGGAGUACUCAGUGAACAACACAAGUGCAUAUACAGGGGGAAAUCAUUUUCUUUAACAACAUUCUACAGGGCAGCCAGGAAUACCAUGAACAUGUGUUUCAGCAAAGAGCCAGACACUGCUGAAAUUGAGAAGGAAUACUGGAGAUUGGUCGAGGAAAAGGAAUGCCAUGUUGCUGUGCAUUGUGGGAGGGUUGACACAAAGACUCAUGGAAGUGGAUUUCCUGUGGGCAAAUCUGAGCCAUUUUCAAAGCAUGGAUGGAAUCUUACUGUCCUUUCCAAUAACUCAGGAUCCAUCUUACGUCAUCUUGGUGCUGUGCCAGGAGUGACCAUCCCCUGGCUGAACAUAGGCAUGGUCUUUUCUACCUCAUGCUGGUGUCGGGACCAGAACAGCCUUCCGUAUAUAGAUUACCUACACACGGGUGCUGAUUGCAUUUGGUACUGUAUUCCAGCUGAAGAGAAAUCAAAACUUGACAAAAUAGUACACACACUGCUACAGGCUAAUGGAACUCCAGGGCUGGAAAUGCUUGAGAGGAACAUUAUGAUUUCUCCAGAGGUGCUCCGUCGAAAGGGAGUGAAAGUGUAUCGGACAGUGCAACAGAGUGGUCAGUUCAUGGUAUGUUUUCCAGGGACCUUUGUGUCUAAGGUGUGUUGUGGCUACAGUGUCUCAGAGACAGUGCACUUCGCCAACCCCCAGUGGAUGAAACUGGGCUACGAGGCAGCUAAGGAUCUUAAACGGCGUCGUAUAGAGGAGCCCUUCUCCACAGAGAAACUGAUCUACCACAUUGCCACAUCUGAGCGGGAAAACAAACAUCUUCUGAAAGCAAUCUCCACUCUCAUUAAAGAUCUCAGGAAUGCAGAGAUUAGCCAGCGCAGGGGUCUUUUCGAGGCUGGGCUCCGUCUGUCUGCACGCUAUGGAACGAACUGCGAGUCUCAUGCAGACAAGAAGAAGCAGCAACGUUUAAGAUUUACAGAAGACACAGCCGACAGGCGCUGCCAAGUGUGUCAGCAUCUGUGUUACCUCUCCAUGGUUGUUCACGAGAGUGAUAAUGUGGUUUUCUGCCUGGAAUGUGCUCUUCGAUACAUCCAGAAACGCAGGUCCCCUCGUGGCCUCAAGAUGAUGUUUCGUUACUCUGAGGAGCAAAUCAACAGUCUGGUAAAUCGUGUGUCUGGCAAAGCAUUGGAGAAGGGUAGAGAGAAGCAGAAAGUUGCCAACCCUAGCAAGACACCACCAGCAAAACGAAGUCCCAGAAACAAGAGCCCCGCCCAGGUCCCCCUCUCCUGCUCCACCUCAAAGAGCAGCAGCCGCACCUAACCAGACCGUCAGCAACAUUCCUCCUCACCCAGCAUCACAUAUAUAAGGCCAUAGUGUCUCCUUUAUAUCAGGUGUUCCUAAUACUUGUGUACAAACACUCUUAAAUAAUCUUUGUACCUAGUGUAUAGUCUCAAUACAACAAGCUGUUAUAUUGCACUUUUGUAUUACAGAUUUGCGUAGAUACUGGCUGGUUAGUACAAUAUAUUGAAUGUAUGGAAGUCAAAUGUUACAUCACGUUUCACAAAAAACAACUGUUUGGGGCACCUGACAUAAGUGAGAAUGUUGGGCCUUGUCCGACAAGCACGGAAUCUUUUGCACUAGUCCUGAGAUUGGUUUUAGAUGAGUAUUUUCGGGUUGUUUUAGCAUUAAAUUGAGUAUAGAUAUGCGUAUACAUAGAUAUAAAUAUAUCCUAUACUAUUCCUAUCAUUUGUGUUUAACUGGUGCUGUAGUGACACUUCUCCAUCACACUUCCUGUUUGUCUCUUGGGCUCAUUUUUAUUAAAUCUUAAAGGAAUAGUUCACCCAAAAAUGAACAUUUUGUCAUCAUUUACUCAUCCUCGUGUUUUUCCAUUCCCGCAAGACUUUCUUUCCUCCGUUUAAACACAAAAGGAGAUGUUAGGUAGAAUGUUAGCCUCACUAUUCACUUUUAUUGUAUUGACAAAAAGAUGUAAUGAAAGUGAAAGGUGACUGAGGCUAACAUUCUGCCUAACAUUUCCUUUUGUGUUUCAGGAAAGAUAGUCAUACGGGUUAGGAACAACAUGAGGGUGAGUAAAUAAUGACAGAACUUUGACUUUUGAGUGAACUGUUCGUUUAUUAUGAUGUCAGGAACAAGACAGAACGAUUAUAGCCCUCUCAAGUCAAACAGUAUGUGUAUAGUACAUGCAGUUACUGGCAUUCCACUUGUCCAGCUACAAAUAUUAAUCAGAUCAGUUUUAAAUGACAUAUGAAGACCCUUGAAUUCAGAUUCACAGAUUUCCUUGAUAAUCUAAAGGCCUUGAGGAUGAGUAUACAUGGAAGUCCCCAAUUUUUAAAAGCACAUUUUGAGGCCUUUUACUAAAACCUUUGUGGAGUUCAAAGAGUUAUUGGACGUUUGAUGCUUAGGGCAAUAUUUAAAGUUAUUAUUUCCAUUUUAAAGAUGCACUUUCCCUUUUAUCCCAUAAACGUUUGCCCCACUGGUUUUACGUUUGUAACUGUUUAACCAUGUGUCCUAAAAUUUCUCCCACCUUUUCGCUAUUAAGAAUCAAAUCUUUAAAUAUUCUUUUGUUUACAUAGAGUAUUAUAGCAAAAUACUAAUAUGUCCAUUAGCCCCAAUUAUGUUUCUAUGCCAGUAAAUCUAAAGAAUUGAGCCUUUGAGUUCCAGUCUAUAGGAAUUUGGAUGAGAAAGCCAAGAUGAAGAAAAAGCCUUACAUCUGCAUUGGUUUCUUCAUUAAUAUAAAUUAGAUGUUAACAGGGUUGCUACAAAAACAUACGAAAAAUAAGUGCUGCUUAAAAUCACUGAAGACGUAUGUCAUAGUGGUGAUCCCUAGUUUUUUAGCUUUAAUUUUUUAUUCAAAAGUCUUUUACCCAAAAGUAAACUAUUGUAGUAGGCCUAGCUACCCAUUGCACUGACUGUAUCAAAGUCCUGUAAUCAAAAAUGGUAGUUGCCCCUUUCCAAAUGACUGACUUGUAUUUAAGGUUUAAAAAAUGAAAAGUGUUUCCAAAAAUGUGGUUGUAUACUUUUUAUGGCCUUAAAUUAUUAUUAUUAUUAUCCCUUUCACCCUUAUUUUAUUAAAGUAAACCUCCAGCUCCUUGUACUGUUUAUUUAUAUGAACUGUUACGCAGUCCUCCAAUCCAGUGGAGAUCUCUUAAGGUUACUUGUAGUUUUUUGUUAAUUUUUUUUUUUUUUACUUAUCAGGUUUUUAUAUUUUUUGUUUGAAUAAAUAUAUCACUUGUCAAUCCUACCAAAAAUUUAUUGGCCUGAUGUUUUUCUUGCAGCAAUUAUGUUUAACAAGAUGAUGUGUGUGGACACUUAGCUAAACAUCUUAAAUGGUUUUCCUUUAUUGGGGUAAGGUCAUAACGGUUAAAGUGAUAUUUCACUCAAAAUUGAGAAUUCUCUCAUUAUUUACUCACCCUCAUGCCUUCCAGAUGUGUAUGACUUUCUUUCUUAUGCAGAACACAAACAGAAAUUUUUAGAAGAAUAUUUCAGCUCUGUAGGUUCAUACAAUGCAAGUGAAUGGUGAACAGAACUCCAAAAAGCACAUAAAGGCAGCAUAAAAUAAUCCAAAUCCAUACGACUCCAGAGGUUUAAUCCAUCAGUUGGUUUUGUGUGAGAACAGACCAAAAUAGAAUUCCUUUUUCACGGUACACCUUGCCAUUGCAGUCUCUAGGCACGAUCAUGAUUUCAAGCUCGAUUACACUUCCUAGUGCUUGACACAUGUGCAGAGCGCUAAAUGCCACUAUAGGAAGUGUAAUCGAGCUUGAAAUCGUGAUUGCCAAGGAGACUGCUGUCAUGCUGUAGAGUGAAAAAGGAGUUAUAUUUUGGUCUGUCCUCACCCAAAACCAACUGGAUCACUUCUGAAGACAUUGAUUAAACCACUGGAGUCAUAUGGAUUGUGUUUAUGCUGACAUUAUCUGCUUUUUGGUGCUUCAAAGGCCUGAUUACCUUUCACUUGCAUUGUAUGGACCUAAAGAGCUGAGAUAUUCUUCUAAAAAUCUUUUUUUGUGUUCAGCAGAAGACUGAAAGUCAUACACAUCUGAGAAGGCAUGAGGGUGAGUAAAUAAUGAGAGAAGUAUCUUUUUUUGGGUGAAUUAACCCUUUAAGGCAAAAACUGAUUAACACUUGUAGAAUUUUGCCCAUUACCACAAUUUUUCUUUGCAUGUAAAUACAUUUACCGGCGUUCUUAACGGCUUGGCAUCAAAAGCAAAAUUUUCAAAUAAGGUAAACAUGGUUUUCUUUGUCAAAUUAUUUGAAUACGCUUUGAUUUUUGUCCAUUUAAACAACACGCUUGGUCAUCAAAAAUCAUGCAGUCAGACGUUAAAAGAACCUUUCUAUUACUGUUAUCAUAGUACUAACUGGGUAUUUUUUUCCCUGAGGUAAGAGAGCAACAGCUUGCUGUAUAUGGAGCCUGUAAAUUCUGAAAUCACAGAUGGUCCAAAUGUUGACAGCUAUUUAUAUACCAAGAUUAAAUCUUUCUAGAUCACUAGAGUAUGAUGUUAAAUAUUAGUCCUUCGCUGAUACUGUCCAUGAGGUUCAUCUUAUUUCAAGGUAUAUUUUAUUUCAGUGCAUUCUUUAAGUAGGCUCAAUUAUAUAAUAUGAAAAAAUGAGCUUCGCAUUACAAAUUCAUGCAACGUACAGUAUAUCAGUGAUAUUAGCAGGAACACUGUAAAAUGUUUAUUAUUUUCGAUAUAAUUCUAAAGCAGCAGGUUUUGCAUAUCAUACGAAGAACUGUAUCAUAAAUUGUAUAGAUUUUUAUGGGAAAGAAUGAAACAAAAAUCA